UUGAGGGGCCCUACAUCAAGUUCUGCUGGAGGGCCCCGAAUAAAUUUGGGCCGCCCCUGGACGCUGCUUUUGAAACUGAAAUAAUGAUGAAUUAAAUUAGGAUAAACAGGGAAUCUAGGUUUAAUUUAGCUCCCUGGAGCUCAGUAGACCCGGCUGUCGGCGACCUGCAGUGAGCUCCGCGGGGAGGAGCUGUUUCUCACCGGGGGGCUGAGAGUAAACAGCUCGGAAAGUUAAGGUGGUGCUCAGAAUAAAUGAGGCUGUCCUCAUGUCGACAGAUGGGCCAGAGGCGAGGGACAAACUAAAGCUCUACCUGAAUACCUUCAUCUAAAGUCUUCCCCUGUUGUUUGAGGGAGUUUUUUUUACAGAUUAGGAGGCAGCGAGCAGCAGCUACGCCCCGAGGCUGAAAUUACGGACUCAUUAUGUCUGAUGGGGAGUAUGAUUACCUCAUCAAGUUCCUAGCACUGGGUGACUCUGGUGUGGGAAAGACGAGCUUUCUAUACCAAUACACCGAUGGCAAGUUCAACAACAAGUUCAUCACUACAGUUGGGAUAGACUUCAGAGAAAGAAGAGUGAUCUACAAUUCAACAGGUUCAGAUGGAACAACAGGGAGGGGACAGAAGAUCCACCUGCAGCUGUGGGACACUGCGGGACAAGAGAGGUUCCGAAGUUUGACAACAGCUUUUUUUCGAGAUGCAAUGGGUUUCCUCCUCCUGUUUGAUCUCACAAAUGAGCAAAGUUUCCUCAACAUCAGAAACUGGAUGAGUCAGUUACAGAUUCAUGCAUACUGUGAAAAUCCAGAUGUGGUUCUGUGUGGCAACAAAUGUGACCUGGGUGACCAGAGAGCUGUCAGCCAAGGCGAGGCCCGGGAACUGGCUGAGAAGUACGGAAUCAAAUACUUCGAGACUAGCGCUGCGAGCGGGCAGAACGUCAGCGAGGCCGUCAACGUCCUGCUGGAUCUGAUCAUGAAGAGGAUGGAAAGGUGCGUCGACAAGUCCUGGAUCCCAGACGGGACCGUCCGUGCUAACGGACCCACCAACCCGGACCUCUCUGAGGGCUCCGAUAGAGGCAAAUGUGCAUGUUAGAAGGAAUGUUUUCUGUUGCGCAUCUUUGUUUUAUUAUGUAUAAGGUGGAGAAGAAAAGAAAGAUAUCCUAGUAAAACAAAGUGGGAGUUCUAUUACAUUUUGUGUUGAAUAAAACGUCAUCAUCUUCAUCAACAUUAUCUUUGCUCUUUGCCCCACAAUCCAGCGUGUUACAUGUUCACAGUCACUGACAUGCUGAGCAGUUCAUCAGCGAACGUCAGCAUGCCUUUUUCUCAAUAUAUAAGUUGUAUUGUUGUGAGAGUGGGGUAUUUAUUUUCCUUAUGAUUCCUAAUGUAAAUCUCCAUUUUCCAUAUUAAGUUAAAGAUACGGAUCCUAGAUUCAAAUGUUAAAAGAACACUGAGCCUGUAUGCUACAUGUGCUAAUAUGUUGUCAGGACUCCUCAACUGCUGCAUAGAGAGAAAAUUGCAAUGAAUUUACUUUAGAUCACCAAUUAUGUGUCAUUGAUGCUUUACUCUGUGCCUUUUUAAAUACUGCAGACUCACUAGUGCCACCGCCAGAGAACAUGUAGCUCUUACUGUCUUCCAGCAUUUGCUUGGUGGACAAUUAACAUUUAUUUAGUCUGUACUAUAAUAUAGGUUUUGGCCAACAGUGAGAAAAAUGACUUUGCAAUAUUUCAAUAAGAUAAAUAAGUCAUUUAAAAGCCAAAAAAGCAUAGGAAACCAGAAUUCAGGGACUGUUUUUGCCAACAUUCACAAUUUUUUUCUUGGUAAACUCAUUUAUAGAUGGUUUGUUUAUUUUACUUAAUUCAGUUUGCAUACAAAUAAAACAUGAUGACCAUUAAAAAGCUCACAUUGUGAUAAAUUAUGUUUAAAAAAUGGUCAAAUUCUUAUCAAAUGAGCACUAAAAUAAUUGUAUCAACUGGGGAGAUCAGUGUUCUUGUCUAGAAAAUACUGGUUUUAUAUAUAUAUAUAUAUAUAUAUAUAUAUAUAUAUAUAUAUAUAUAUAUAUAUAUAUAUAGCAAACUGUGUAAACAAAUUGUCAUUCUGCCUUUAUUUUGAAAAUCUGCAGGGUUUACAAACUUAGAGUUGAUCACUUUAUGCUUUCAAAUUCAACAUUGUUAGUGCACAAAAUCCCUAAAUGUGUUUUUCAAACCUUAGUUGGAGAUAAAACUAAAGGUAGCCAAUGUAUUAGAUUAAUUUCCUUUCUCAUUUCACAACGUAUUACAAAAUUAUUUUUUUAAAACAGGACGGAUGUCUUUUAGAUUUAAAACAAACAGGACAGAUGACAACCAAGGAUAUAACAUUUUAAAAAGUAAAUGAAGGAUAUAAAUAAUUAAAAAUAAAAUAAAGGGUUUGGAUAUUAAAUAGACGUGACACUUUUUCUGCAUUGUAUUAUUCUAGAUACUCUUGGGAUAUUGAGUUUCUACCAAGUGCCAAAUCAGAUUUGUUUUUUCAAAUUCAAAUUUAUUUCGUCAAGGUAAUAAGUCGGUAUUUUCUGGGUUGCUGUAACUGGCUGUUUCUUGAAAACUGAUAAGCUGAGCUUGUUCUGUUGUUCUGCACAUUUUAUAAAAAAGCCAAACAUCACUGCAUGAGAUCUAUAGACCUGCUGUUUGUUGAGCUUCUGUUAUUCUAUAAAUCUCACAAAACACUGGAACGAUGUCUUUAAUAGUUUCCCUAUACACUUUACAUUUGUUACACUUUCAGAAUGUAGUAUAUCUAAUUGUAGAUGUUUUUAGGCUUUAAUGUAUUCUUCCUCUGAAUUUCUGCACACAGAUUUGAAUUUUAUUUUCUCCAUAAGUGGGAUUGAUCAUAUUAUGAUAUAUCAUGGUGUCACAUGUGCCAUCCUUUCAUAUUAAAAUGUGUAUAUUAAGUCUGAAAUAAACAUUUGUAUUUAUGUAUAA